AUGGCCGUUUGGAAAGUUAGAACUUCCCAGCCAGUCCCUCUGCUUUGGCACCCUGAUUCUAACCGAGACCGUCAACAAGGUCGAUUUCUCCACCACCCCUUUCAAGAUAUUCACCAAUUCCAACACCGUUGCUGCCAACUCCGUCAUCGUGGCCACCGGUGUCGACGUGUCGUGGCCAAGCGCUUGGACUUCCCAGGCACUAGGGAGGGCCCGAGUGGCUUCUGGAAUCGUGGAAUCUCGGCUUGUGCGGUGUGCGACGGUGCAGCCACCGCCGUCUUCCUGCGCUCGAAGCACUAUGGCGACUCAGCCGCAGUUGUAGCCAUUUUUGCUUUUGCGAGCGAGAGAGAGUUCUGUGCGAGUGACCCACUGCAAGCGCAGGCACAGGCUGAUCAAGAUCAAUGGUUGCCCCAUCGAGCUUGUGGAGCUGGAGAUCAUUUGUUUCAAGGCCUACAAGCCAAUCCUCCUGCUCAGACGCCAUCGUUUCACUUGCGUCGACAUGCGGAUCCGCGUCAAUUAAGGGCGAAAUUUGGACGAUUGAGUGAAGUGGAAUCUGGAUCAAACGACCGACGAGGCGACGGGCCAGGUUCUCUAGUGGUGGUGAGCUUAAAUCUCCGGCACAACAAACUCAUUGGGAAGAUUCCUCAAGUGGGGUCGCUGUUAAACCAGGGCCCCAUGGCUUUCUUUGAGAACCCUAGCCUCUUUGGGUGGAGGAAUAGAUUUGGGUUGCGCGCGGCCAUCCCCCUACCCAAGGCAGGCUGCAUCCUGUCAAAAUUGUCAAUCUCGUUUGCCAGCCUCUCGAUAUAG